AUGUACACUAGAGAAAGGCUGCGAAGAAAGCUUAUUAAAACACUUUUAGGUCUGCAGCCUUGAAACUAUACACAAUGAUAAAAAAGCUGAAGCCUUGAGAAUGGAACUUUAGUAACAGACACAAUGAAAAGCAGCAAAUCUCUUUAAACUGUAAAACUGCAAAAUCUACCAUAUAAAAAUGUAAACAGCCCCAUGGAUCACGUAACUUGAUCUGAAGCAGGAUAUCUAAUUCCGGCAUAUCAGUCGUCUGGCAUUCAGUUUCCACUUUCUUUCUCUUUGCUGUGCCUAGAGGCAAUGCAGGAUUUGGGUGCAGCAGAGCAGGCUUAAGCUACAGACUGGAAAGUAAACGGGUCUUCAGAGAAAUAAAAUGAAUGAGGAGCUCAGAAAUGAUGUCAGCCAACGGACAUAUCUGGAUGGAACACAUGUGUCCAAGCAGCAGGAGCCAAAGAGGAUUAUCCACUUUGCUAGUGGAGAAACCUUGGAAGAGGAGAGCAGUGAUGAUGAAGAUCAGAGUGUGCCCCAUGUUAAGCUAUUCAAGGUCCCAGUGGACACAUUAUCUUUUCAGGCCCUGCUGUCAUGGAAGGCAUAUGCUGGGUUUCUGUGGAUGCAGGUUGUUAAGAAGUCCUUGUUUACCUGUGAUUUUCUUGGGGGGAAACUGGCAAAUCUGUUGGGACUUAAUACUGCAAAAUACCAGUACGCAGUAGAUGAGUAUCUCCGGAACAAAAAUGAGCAUUCAGAAGACAAAGAUGUUGAAGAAAUUCCAAUGAAGCAGAUGACAGAUAAGCAAGAUCUUUCCCUGCGAAACACAGAGUAUGGAGCUAUAAACAUGACAGGCAUGGCUCUACAGUCAUCUCCAUGCAGCACUGUACCCAACAGUCACCAUGGGACAGCUGGGACUCACAACACCGGCUACAUAGAAGAUGAAAGAUAAUCUGAUUCUUUUGUAUCAAAUUUUUUGUACACAAUUGCUCAAAAUUCUGAAAUACAACAGCACUGGAAAAUCAAUUAUGAAAAACAUUAAACAUUUUGGGGUAUUUCAAUA